AUGCCUAACAAAUCGUCUGCAACCUACUUCCUCUUGAAGUCUGAGGAUAAGGGACUAGAGAGUAGACAGCCAGUUUCUGCACUGGUGGCAGGGUCGGUCGACUUCUCUCCCUUCAAAGACGGCACUGAUUUCGAUGACUGGCUUUUCUUUACGAAGGCAGAUCUUGAAUUCUACGAGCCUCCUAGGCGAGUGCCAUCGGUACUCGGCGCCUUGGCCUAUGCGGGUGUCUCGCUUUCCUCAGAUGUGGAGGAUUGCUGUUAG